AUGGCGAACCUUGGAAUUACCACUGUCAGCGAAGCGAAAGAAAUCCGAGGCAUGAACCUUAUCGCAGCCCAUUCCCAUAUACGGGGUCUUGGAAUCGAUCCUGAUACACUUGAACCACGCGCUACUAGCCAAGGGCUUGUUGGUCAAGCCCGCGCGAGGAAGGCUGCGGCUGUUAUCCUGCAGAUGGUGAAAGAAGGAAAGAUUGCUGGACGAGCGGUAUUAAUGGCCGGACCUCCUAGUACGGGGAAAACGGCGAUCGCGAUGGCAAUGGCGCAGAGCUUGGGUCCUGAUGUCCCAUUCACUAUGCUAGCGAGUUCUGAGAUUUUUUCCCUAGAGAUGUCAAAGACAGAAGCUCUCAAUCAAGCAUUUAGAAAAAGCAUUGGAGUCCGGAUUAAGGAAGAAAGUGAAGUAAUCGAGGGAGAAGUUGUAGAGAUUCAGAUCGAUAGAUCUAUUACAGGGGGCCAAAAACAAGGAAAACUCACCAUGAAAACACAAGACAUGGAGACUAUGUAUGACCUGGGCACAAAAAUGAUCGAUAGUCUCAGUAAAGAAAAAGUGAUUGCCGGAGAUAUUAUUAGUAUCGACAAAUCCUCAGGAAAAAUCACUAAGCUGGGUCGUUCUUUCACAAGAUCCCGGGAUUAUGAUGCUAUGGGACCCGACACCAAAUUCAUCCAAUGUCCUGAAGGGGAGAUCCAGACAAGGAAGGAGGUGGUUCACACCGUAUCAUUACAUGAAAUCGAUGUCAUUAAUUCCCGCACUCAGGGUUUUCUUGCCCUCUUCUCCGGUGAUACCGGCGAGAUUAGAAGCGAAGUGCGAGACCAGAUCAAUACGAAGGUCGGCGAAUGGAAGGAAGAAGGGAAAGCUGAGAUUGUGCCGGGUGUUCUAUUUAUUGAUGAGGUACACAUGCUUGAUAUCGAGUGCUUCUCAUACAUCAACCGCGCACUGGAAAGUGAACUUGCACCAAUUGUCAUAAUGGCUAGUAACAGAGGGAACUCGAGGAUCCGUGGGACAAACUAUAAAAGUCCGCAUGGACUACCAAUUGAUUUCCUUGAUAGGGUUGUGAUCAUGCCGACAUACCCCUAUGGCCCCGAGGAAAUUCGGGAGAUUAUCGCUAUCCGAGCCCAAGAAGAAGAGGUCACUCUUGCUGCCGACGCCCUAAAUCUCCUUGCUAAGAUCGGACAAGAAACAAGUCUUCGCUACGGCUCUCACCUUAUCACUACUGCAAGCCUCAUCGCAGCAAAAAGGAAAUCCAAUAUUGUUGAGGUUUCCGACGUUCAGCGAAGCUAUAAACUCUUCUAUGAUCAGGGAAGAAGUGUGACCUUUCUCCAGGAGUACGAAAAGAAGUUCAUUGGGAACGAAGGUUUAGCUACGUUGUCUGGAACUAACAGCGGUACUGGAAACGAUGAAAUGGAGAUUUCUUAG